CCAGGACAGAGGAGAGGAGGGAUAAGGGUUCAGAAACCAGGACAGAGACAGAGGAGAGGAGGGAUAAGGGUUCAGAAACCAGGACAGAGACAGAGGAGAGGAGUAGCCAUGUUGGCAUCAGUGAGACAGAGACAGAGGAGAGGAGUAGCCAUGUUGGCAUCAGUGAGACAGAGACAGAGGAGAGGAGUAGCCAUGUUGGCAUCAGUGAGACAGAGACAGAGGAGAGGAGUAGCCAUGUUGGCAUCAGUGAGACAGAGACAGAGGAGAGGAGUAGCCAUGUUGGCAUCUUACAGGUGGUUGACACCGGUGAGACAGACUCUCACCAUGAUGACCCUGAGGUCUCCACCGGCCAAUCAGACACUCCCCAAGGAGAGGACCAGACACUGAACACUCUGACCGAGACUCUCAUACACUUAGCCCCCACUCCCACUCCCACUGACCACCAAACACCAACGCACUACACACCUUCCACUGAAUCAGAGACUGAGAGACCGGAGGACAAGGAGGAGGAGGAGGAGAUGGAGCAAGAGGAAGAGGAAGAGAACCACUCAGAUACUGAGCCCCAAGAGAAAGAAGAGACAGGCCCCAUUCAGCCAGAGGAACCUGUGUUAAAAUCCUGUUCCGUGGACAAGCCAUCCACUGAAACUAACCACAGAGACCCAGAACUACAACAGACCCCAGCAGUGAUGUUUCCAGCCCAGCUAACCCAGUCCCCAGCCCAGCUAACCCAGUCCCCAGCCCAGUUAACCCAGUCCCCAGCCCAGCUAACCCAGUCCCCAGCCCAGUUAACUAGGUCCUACUCCCAGUCCUGCCAGUUAACCCAGUCCCCAGCCCAGUUAACCCAGUCCCCAGCCCAGUUAACCCAGUCCCCAGCCCAGUUAACCAGGUCCUACUCCCAGUCCAGCCAGUUAACCCAGUCCCCAGCCCAGUUAACCAGGUCCUACUCCCAGUCCAGCCAGUGCUCCCAGUCUUCAGUCUUUCCUAAGUCCCAGACACUGACAGAGGCCCACAACAUCAAUGCUGCUGUCCUGAGUUCUGGGGUGCUCUGUCUGCCUGGAACAAGAGAUAGGGGAGGUCGAGCCCUGGUGACCGUGACCACGAGGAACACCGGCUGGUUGAACCCCAGCUGUGACUGUGGAGAACUGGUCAGAAUCCUGGUCUACUACUACACAAUGCUCAGGAAGGAGGUGCGUUCCCUAGGGUUGACAGUCCUAGUAGACUCUCGGCGGUGCUCCCCUGUCCCUGCUCUGUUCAGCGCCUUCAACAUACUUCAGGUCACUGCUAACAAUGACAGUUGA